AGCAAGAAGUGGUCAUCGCAACAUUGGGAUGGAUUGAAUGGAAUUAUAAACCCGAUUUACUUUGCAAAAAGAUCAUGUUUUCUGUUUUUGUCAUAGAAUGAUCUUAAGCCUGUAUGCACACAUUAUGUAUAACUCUUAAAUAGCGACAGUGCUUGGAAUUAGCAGCGUUUAUUCCAGGAAACAUAACAUUAACACUAAUUUACAUACAUGUAAUUUCAAAGAUCGAUAAAGGCUAACAAGACAACAUGUGCAUCGUCUAUUUGGUUGCGUUGAUAUUUUGCAUAACAAAAGUACGAUGUUCCUCCAACACAUCCAAACUAAUAGAAGAUUCCAGCCAGAGCUUUACGGAGAGGAUGAAGACGGGAAAAACAUCCUUCAUUUACUUUGGAAAUCAUGUCAAUCCAACCAUCAAACUGUUUCUGGAUCAGCUAGAGAUGUCUGCGGAUGCACUGGAGGACUAUGGGAUAUCUGUUGUAAAGGUGAACUGUUCAAAGGAAACCAUAGCAAAGUACUGCACAGGAGAAAAGCUCAUAACAAAGACAUAUUUGCUCAGAGGUUCCGAGGUCUUGAGGAGCUUUGACAUUGAUACCGUAUUUGACGUCAGUGCUAUAGUUUCUCACGUCCUGUUCACUGUCCUCUACAAUGAGGUUCGCUAUGUUCAUACGCCAGCUGAGCUUCUUCAGGUGGAGAAUGCAGCCAAACAAAUGAGGGAUGUCGUGGUUGGUCACAUCCCAGUGCUUGGGCUUCCAGAGCACCGGGCUUUAAUGGAGGCGGCGUUUGUGUAUGGAACAAAGUACCAGUUUGUUCAGACGACUGGUGGUCCACUCUUAAAACACAUGGGGGUUGAUGAUCUCUCCGUCUCAAAAGCCCGUCUUUGGUUUCUGCACUGUAAAGAUAUGUCCAGGCAAAUGGACCAGUGCCCUUUUACUCCCAUGAGAAAACCACUCGACACCAUCAACAUACACACUUUCCUCCAGCUGAUGGAGGCACGUCUUGUGACAGAGGCAAAUGUGGAUCCCUCUGAAGUAGACAUGGUUCAUAACCAUCUCAAUGUGCCCGUGCUGUAUCUGUUCUCUCACCCCCAAACGAAACGCCUGGACCGGGCCACCGCUCAAACUCUGGCCCUGCAGCUCCGCGGGGAGGUCGGCGUAGUGCUCAUUCACAGGGACAGUACUGACGUUAAAACUCCACUGCAGUACAACGCUGCUUACCGACUUCCACAGGAGGAUGUGAAAUAUUUUACCCUGAAUAGUGCCGAAGAGGUUAUGAAACUUUUUAAAGAAGAACUAUUACAAGACUACAAGAUGGUAGAAGACGAAGAGGAAAAUGAGGAACAUUGGUCUGACCUUGAAAUCCUUGAUGAUGAGGUAUCAGAAUCGGUGUACAGAGAUCGGGAUCUUAUGCUGGACCUGGAAUCGAUUACAGAGCUCACAUCUGACAACUUUCAAUCUGAAGUCACGCAAAAUAAAAUCACAGUGGUGUUGUUCUAUUUUAAAUGGGAUGCUGUGUGUAUGGCUUUCAUGCAAACAUACAUACAAGUGGCUGAUGCGCUGGAAGGUGUUAGCGGGUUGGUGUUGGCGGCUGUAGAUUGUGGAGAAUGGACUAAUAUCUGCAGUGAUCGGGACGUCACAUCCUUUCCCUUUAUUAUGAUCUACCGCCCCAUGGAGGCUCCUCAGCCCUACAGAGGCAUGCUGGGAACCGAGAGCCUUCAGAGGUUCAUACUGCUGAGUCAGAUCUCAGGUCCUGUCCGUCUAUCUUCCUCGGCUGAUGUGUUGUCGUUUUUAGAAGGAGAUUUAUACAGCAAACAUGCAGAUUUGUCUUCGAUCAGAGUCCUGGGGCUGUUUACUUCUACACUGGACACUGGUGUGACUUCAUUUAAAGAAGCAGCAAAACUUCUCAGGGGAGAGGCAAUUCUUGGCCUUUUUGUGCACCGAGAAGCAGAGAAAUGGGUGGAGGGGCUGUCCGUAAACCUGCCUGCUGUUCUGCUGUCCCGUGGCUCUGAAGUUUCUCGUGAAGCCUAUUAUCUCCCAUCAUUCUCAGUUAAUGACCUCGUCUCGCUCGUACAGAGAGCAGUGUCGGAUCCUUUUCCUGAACUGACCGUGGAGAAUCUGCCCUGGUAUUUGGAGCUUGAAAAACCCUUGUUACUGUUGUUUGUUGGAAAGGAAUACAGUACAGAAACAUCUUUAACAGAGAUGAAACAUCUGCUGAGCUCUGGACAGCUGCCGUCCUUCCUGCCCUGCUGGAUUCAUUUAGGUCGGACACCUGUUGGGAGGUCUGUCCUGGAGAAGUAUCUUGGGUUUGUACCUCCACUUCCUGCUUUGGUGAUGUCACAGUUAAGCACAGGUGGAGAGGUGUUCCUGUUCCCCCGAGAGCGCCCCCUAAAGGCAAAAAACAUCCUGCAGUGGCUCCAAAGUGUGGAAAAUAGAGAUGAACACCCAGCAGGUGUGAUACCUGACACAAAAUGGAGCCCUCCAGUUCCAGUUUAUGACUUUUUGGCAACAAUGGACCAAGAGGCACCGGGUUAUGCAUCUCAGAGGGAUCCUAAAAUGAAGACCGGUGCCAAGGAAGGCCACAGAGAUCAGGACAUGACCCCUAAUCAAAGACAAACCACACAUUCAUCCCCAAAACCUCAAGCGCCUCACGAACACUCCGAACUGUAGAGUCAAGUCAGACUCUUUCAGGAGCGAGACUCAUGCUGCAAGUAAUGCAAGUGUUAUGUAAGCAUUUCACAUUCAGAAUGUUUGUUAUCUGAUCUUCACUGUGUUACACUGCUGUUAUUGUUUAUACUGUAUAUAUAUAUAUAUAUUUUUUUUUUUGUUACAAAAGUGGAUACUGUAUAUUUGAAUAUCCGGAUUAGUUGCUGUCUGUUGUAUUUUCCAAUUCAUCAACUUCUUAUAUCAAAUUAUUAUUUUUAUAUUUUAAUACAAAUGUUGUCAUUAAGUAUAACAAUUUGAUAAAAAUGUAUAUGAAUUUUAAAAGUAAAAGGGAAGUUCGGCCAAAAAUAAAAAUGAUCUUAUAAUUG